AUGCUGGGUGUUCAUAAAUCGUGGAAACCCGAGGUCCUGCACCGUCUGCUAGACCUGCUCUGUGCAACCAACAGCGGUGCUGGAGGCGCCAAUUUCUUCGAAAAUCUGCCUUUUGUCGACCGAGGCAGCCUACCCGAUGCCGAAGAACUCUAUUUUGCCAAGGAGAACCGUAUCUUUUCU